AUGGCUCCCCUCGCAGAAAAACGCUACAAACUCAACACAGGCGCCGAGAUUCCCGCCUUGGGUUUCGGAACGUGGCAAUCCUCCUCCGAAGAAACCCAGCGCGCAGUCUACCAUGCUAUCAAAGUCGGAUACCGCCACAUCGACACGGCGCUUGCCUACAGCAACGAAGUCGACGUCGGCAAGGGCAUCCAGGCUGCCAUUGACGAUGGCCUCGUGAAACGCGAAGAUCUCUUCGUGACCACGAAACUGUGGAAUGUAUAUGCCAAUAGAGUUGAGGAGGGACUCGACACAAGCCUGAAAGCGUUGGGGUUGGAUUAUGUGGAUUUGUAUCUUGUGCAUUGGCCUUUGAGGAUGAACGAUAAAGGCAACCACCCCCUCUUCCCCAAACUGCCAGACGGCACCCGCGACAUAAUCCACAGCCACAACCACGUCGACACCUGGAAAGCCAUGGAAAAACUGCCCGCUAGCGGCAAAGUGAAAGCCAUCGGCGUCUCAAACUACAGCGUGCCCUACCUCGAAAAGCUUCUCGCCGAAGCAACAAUCAYCCCUGCCACAAACCAGAUUGAGAAUCACCCGCAACUCGCGCAGCAAGAAGUUGUCGAUUUCUGUAAGAGUAAAGGAAUCUUGAUUGAGGCGUAUAGUCCGCUGGGGUCAACGGGUAGUCCGUUGUUUACUGCUGAGCCCGUGGUCGAGAUUGCGAAGAAGAGGAACGUGAGCCCUGCGACGGUUUUGUUGAGUUGGCACUUGGCCCGUGGCUCCGUCGUCCUCGCAAAAUCAAUCAACCCAGACCGCAUCACCGCAAACCGGGAGUUGGUUGAACUGGACGCCGAUGACGUUGCGCUUCUCCAGAAAUAUGCCGAUGAUCUCAAGGCCAGUGGGCAGCAGAAGAGAUAUGUUGCACCGCCGUUUGGUGUCGACCUGGGAUUCCAUGAUAAGUGGUAG